GGCGUAGCGGUUUCCUUUGUGAGCCAUGAAUCCAAUUAACGAACAACAAGCUACUAAAAUUUUGAGUCCGAAGCCUUCUCCCCACAGACUUAUAGUAGAAGAAUCUGUGCAUAAUGACGACAAUAGUAUUGUUUGUAUUAACCCGGAUAAAUUGCAAGAAUUAGGCUUAUAUCGCGGCGAAGUGGUUCUUUUAAAGGGAAAAAAACGAAGAGACACCGCUUGUAUCGUUUUAAUUGAAGAUUGUAAGCCGGGAUUUAUUAGAAUGAAUAAAGUUGUUCGAACAAACUUAAGAGUUCAACCGGGAGAUAUUGUUGCUGUGCAAAAGUAUGAGGAUAUCAAGUAUGCGGAGCGGAUCCAAGUUUUGCCUGUGGACGACACGGUGGAAGAUAUAACAGGAAACAUAUUUGAAGUGUUUUUGAAGCCAUAUUUUCUUGAGGCUUAUCGACCAGUCAGAACGGGCGAUUUGUUUCAGGUGCGUGGAAGUAUGCGAUGCGUGGAGUUUAAAGUAGUUGAAGUUGUUGAGGGGCCUUUUGGAAUCGUGGCGCCCUCCACGGAGAUAUUUUGCGAGGGCACACCGGUAAAGCGCGAGGAUGAAGAGGAAAUCUUGAACCAGAUUGGAUACGAUGAUAUUGGCGGCUGCAGAAAGCAACUGGCUAUCAUUAAAGAAAUGGUGGAACUUCCUCUUCGGCAUCCCUGUUUGUUUAAAAAGAUUGGAAUCAAACCGCCACGUGGUAUUCUUCUUUACGGGCCUCCUGGCACAGGGAAGACUCUUAUUGCACGCGCCGUGGCCAAUGAGACAGGCGCCUUUUUUUUCUUGAUUAAUGGGCCUGAAAUCAUGUCAAAAAUGGCGGGCGAGUCGGAAAGUAAUCUUCGAAGAGCUUUUGAAGAAGCUCAAAAGAAUGCGCCAGCCAUUAUUUUUAUUGAUGAAAUCGAUUCCAUCGCGCCAAAACGAGAAAAGACACAUGGCGAAGUGGAAAGGCGCAUUGUAUCGCAGCUGUUGACAUUAAUGGAUGGCAUGAAACCUCGUGACCACGUUAUCGUGAUUGGCGCCACAAACCGCGCAAACUCCAUUGACCCUGCUCUCCGGCGGUUCGGCCGUUUUGAUAGGGAAAUUGAUAUUGGUAUUCCCGAUGCCACCGGCCGGAUGGAAGUUUUACGGAUUCACACUAAAAAUAUGAAGCUGGAUAAAGAUGUUGAUUUGGAAAAGAUUGCUCGCGAAUCACAUGGCUACGUUGGGGCGGAUCUGGCUCAGUUAUGUUCCGAGGCUGCCAUGCAACAAAUCAGAGAUAAAAUGGAUUUAAUAGACUUUGAAGCGGAGAAAAUCGACGCGAGUGUUCUUGAUGCACUUGCUGUUUCUAUGAAAAAUUUCCGCCACGCUCUAGGGACAUCCAAUCCUUCUGCUCUGCGAGAAACAGUCAUCGAAACGCCGAACGUGUCCUGGGAAGACAUUGGCGGCCUUGUGGAUAUCAAACAGGAGCUACAGGAUCUCGUGCAGCUGCCCAUUCGCUAUCCAGAUCAUUUUCACAAAUUCGGCGUUUCUCCGCCAAAGGGGGUUCUUCUUUACGGGCCACCGGGCUGCGGGAAGACGCUUCUGGCGAAGGCCAUAGCCACCGACUGCCAAGCAAACUUUAUUUCGAUAAAAGGGCCGGAGCUGUUGACCAUGUGGUUUGGCGAAUCGGAGGCAAAUGUCCGCGAUAUUUUUGAUAAAGCGCGCGCUGCUGCUCCAUGCGUCCUCUUUUUUGAUGAAUUGGACUCGAUUGCCCACUCACGUGGUGGCUCGAUUGGCGAUGCCGGCGGAGAUAGUAAAACAGUGGACCAAUGACUGACUGUUUCUUGACUAAUUUCCACGUGCAUCAUUUAUUAUUUUUUUAGCGG